AUGUCAAACAAUAAUUCAGUGACACCUCAAUUCUUUUGGUUCUUAGGUCAUGUCUCCACAUUAUUCACAACAUUUUCAACAGUGUUAUUUUCAUUUUUUUCACAAUCUUCCUAUAAAAGAUAUUAUAAUUGGGCUUUAUUGUCAAUCAUUUCAACUUAUGUUAUUGUGAUAUCUCAAAUUUUAAAAUCAUCAAAAUCUAAGAUUAGUUUUUUUAAUUUCAAGUCAAAUGAUAAUUUACAAUAUCUAUCAUUAGCAAUUGUCUGGUACUUGGUUUCAAAUCAAAAAAUUAUUAGUGGUGGUCUUUAUCCAUUCUUCAUUUUUUCAUUGUUUCAUGCUUCAAAUUAUUUUAAAAAUUUCAUAUUACCAAUUGCCCCUUUCAUUACAUCUCCAAAGAAAGACCAUUUAUCAAAAGUUAUAAACACUUUAAUUACAACUUAUAAUGAACAAUCAUUAGUUGCUGCUGCUAAUUUAGAAAUAUUUAUCUUGAUCCAAUUAUUAGCAGGCUCUCCAUUCAUUUUAUAUUAUGUUUUGAAAAACUUCACUUUAGCCUUGGUAAACAUUAUUGUUUUAUUACAAUAUGUUACAUUUAUGAAAUUAAGAUACAAACAAUCAAAACAUACCAAAUUAUUAUUUGAUGGUACUUUAUACAAAGCCGAAGCUUAUUUAAAUUCAAGUGCUAUUCCACCUGUUGCUGGUACUUAUUAUCAUCAAUUGAAAGCUCAAGCUACACACUUCAUUGGUUUAAUCCCAGUGUAA